AUGGUCUUGGUGUGGCUCGCGCUGUUCCUGGCGCUGGCAGGUGCCCGGCGCCCUGCCGAGGACCUUCCUGAUGGGAGGUUGGUUCAAAGUUCUCGGGAUCAGGUACCGUCCAGCGUGCUCGGGAGCAGUGUCAACGAUUGUGACCGAGAAAAUGCCAUACUCAAAGUGGUCCUGCAGAAUCUGGGUGUUGCGGACGAUGUGAUGCAUGGCGAUCAUUGCCAAUGGGAGGGCAUCGAGUGUGUGGAGGACGAGCAGUGCGUGCAGUGGAUUGACCUCGGGUAUAAAAACUUGACUGGCCGGCUGUCCGCGGAGUUCGGCAAGUUGACCAGACUCACGCACCUGUGGCUCAAUGAGAACCGGCACCUGUCUGGCGAUAUCCGGACGUUGAGCGCCCUCACACGGCUCGAACAGCUGCAUUUACCGAACACGCUGGUCACAGGUGUUCUAGAAGCUUUGCAGAAUCUGACGCAGAUGAAAUGGCUGGACUUAUACCAGACGAAGGUUGACGGGAAGUUGGGGGCCCUGGUGAAUCUGAAGGAACUGGUCGAGCUGGACCUGUCCAGGACAGCAAUCAACGGCCGCCUGGAAGAUCUGAAAAACUUCACACAUGCGACUCAUAUCAUACUCGCGGAGACGCAAACCAGCGGGGAGCUCAAAGCUCUGACGGAUCUUCGCAAAUUGACGAAUCUGGAUCUUUCCAAGACGGAUACCACAGGAGAUAUCGAGGAUCUCUUGCAUUACGAAGACUUGGAACAGGCUUUGCUGAGACGAACAGAGGUGAGCGGCCGUCUGACCAGCCAGUGGCAUGGACGGCUCCGUAGGCUGAGCGUACUGGAUCUGGCAGACACCCAUGCCCGUUUCGUGGCGACAGCAGAGGAUACAGUGGCCCUGAACGGAUUCGAACUCCUUCCAUCGCUGACAUUUCUUGAUGUUUCUGGAUGCCCCCUGAACAGUCCGGUGCAGAAUCUCCUUUGGCCCUUUGCUGAGUCAGAACACCUCGAGCGAGUGGACGCCGCUAGGUCGAACCUGACAGGCACGCUACCUCAUUUGGGCGACCAUGCACUAACGGAUUCGCUCCAGAGACUGGACUUGUCCUACAAUCGGAUCAACUACGUGGAAGGACUCCCGGAAGGACUAGUUGCUCGAGGUCGUCUCUCCCUUGCGAAAAAUCCCAACAUUUCCUUUGCACCCGGUGUCCUCGCCAGAGCCAUACGCCACAGGGUCAAGAUCGACCUGAGAGGAGCUUCUCUUGCUAAAACGACGCAAGACGCAUCAAGAUUGCAUCUGUUGACAAAGCUUCGUGAGAAGACGCCGCCGACGAAGAGCGAUCACGGGUCGCUUCAGUGCAAGACUUUCGAAGGAAUAGUGUAUGACAUCUUCUUGACCGACCAGGUCUGCAGACCCUCCCCUGGGUAUGCACUUUUAGAGGCCACGGACCUGACGCCUCAUCAGUGUUUCUUUCCAGCUGAAGAGCGAUGCAACUCGACAAACAGCAUACGCAAAUGGAAAGAGCUUGGAUGCGCCGAAGGCUACGAGGGCGUUCUCUGCAGCAUGUGCGCAGAUCAAUUCCGAAGCAGUGCCGGCCGCUGCAAGAGGUGCAAGGAAGAUGCUGCAACUGUCCGUUGGUGGCUUGCCGGAGCCGGAGCUGUGGUGCUGGUUGCGUUGGUUGCCGCAGGUCUCUAUGUUGCAUGGGGGAACCGCUCCAAGCGGCUCCCUGAGACACAGAAGCCCAAACCGAUGGAUGCCUUGAUCCCGUUGCUGCUUGGGCAGGGCCCCGUGCUGGUGCAGUUUGUGCAGCUCUGGGCCAUCCUCGCAGCGCUUGGGCCUGCGAAGACUGCUCAUGCGGCAGAUGAGCAACUGCAGGAGGAGCUGUCCCAGUGGUUGGAGCUGACAGCGGCCGGAAUUUCUGAUGCGUUGAGCAUUCAGUGUCUCUUCGGCAGGACGCUGGCGCUGAGCUUCAGUGCCUUUGCAUCGCCCAGCCUGCCGCUGCUUUUGCUGAUGCUUUGCUUUCUCCUGGAAGCACUGGAUUGGAGUGGAGGAGCCUGCUGGCAUCGCCCAGGGCUUGGCGUCGAUUUGGCAUUGAAGGUGCUGCUGUUUUUGUUCAUUGGUGGCGCGUCGAGCUGUGAGAAGCUCCUGCGCUGUCAGAAGAUUGAUGCAGGUGGAGAAGAAUUGGGCGAUUAUGCGUACCGCUUUGCGCUACCCCAGCUGAGGUGCUCGGAUUCCACUAGUGAGGAAGCCGUCUGGGCAAUUUACGUGGGAUAUGGCUCUGCCGUUGCAUAUGGCCUUCUGAUCCCGAGCUUCCUGAUCUACCUCAUCGUGAAGCAGAACAUAGCCCUGGCUCCGAAUCGGCGCUGUGUGUCCUGGGCCAAAGUAGACAGGCACAAAAAUGUGACCGUGCGGGCCAGCCUCCUCGAGCCCCUGAUGGAGGAUGGUGAAACGGACGAGGAGAUCCAUCAGCAGAAGAGGACAGUUUCCGACAACCUGCUGGCAGCAGCCAUCGCCUACAGCGCCGUCUUCCUUCACGGGCACAGGGUGCACAUAGUGCAGGAUGCAAAAGCCGAAGCUUUGAUGUUGGAAGGCACACGCAUUGACGAUGGGAGCAGUGGUUUGGAAUUCGAUGCGGCGACUGCCUUGACGACUGGUCUGUCGGCCAUCUCCACAAAAGAGCACAAGAUUGACACUGCAAUGCGGCGUUUCCAAGCUAUCACCAGGAUGCUUGCGGAGCGCGAGAUGCUCGAAGCAAAAGCCGAUUCCGACAGAGUUUUGGCCGGGGCCAAGACGAUCUUCUUUAAAUAUGCUGCGUGCGAGGACGUCUGGGUAGAAGCGUUACUCAAAGUGGUCGCCGUUGCUUUGGUGACUACUGUUUCCGUGAAGUCCUUGCUGCUGACACUUUUCAUCACUGUUGGUAUGGCCAUUCUCCUUGGUGCCCAGAAGCCGUAUCAGCAGCGUCAGGUGAAUGAUCUACAAAGCGGAUGCUUCAUUUGCUUGUCAGUGGCAGCAGUGGGCUUGACAGAGGGCUGCUUCAAGAUCUCUCGAUGUGUGCUGGUCAUUCCUUUCGUCGCCGCUUGCGUGCAGAUGCUUCGACCAGAUGGCGCCGAAGCCCUUGCGCUGCGACUUCACAAGGAAGCCAAGACCAAGCUGAAGGAGGGUAACUCCCUUGACCUUGAGGUGAAGAAGAUCGACUUCAUUUGA